CAGACGAAGGCGGACUUUCUACUAUCACCGCGUUUUAUCUUUCGCGACUGCUGUUCAACUCUCUCGGUGUUUAGUUUACCUUCGAUAUUCUUAUCAGUACGAAUAGAGUUUCGCGGGUUUUUCCUCCUACUGUCGAGGUGUUUUUACCACAUCGACGCGAAAUUUUUUUCGAGUUGUUUUAACUUUACGUAGCUUCGCGAAUAUCGAGAGUACGAGUGAUAACGUCGCGUAGGUAAUUUUUCUUCGCGAGUUGGUUCGAUUUUUUCGGCUAUACUUCUUCGGUGUGAUAGAGACUUUUUUCGCAGUUUCGUUUUCAGAAAAUUUUUCUCGACAGAAUUAAAGCUGGAAUUGUCACAGAGAAAUAUCAACCCUUUCCUGAGAGGAACGAGUGUCAUUGGCGAAAGUCAGACAUCGGAUUAUGAAAGAUUUGCCAACGGCAAUAUGGUCACAAGCGACGCUAGUUUGCAAAUACAAUACAGCAGGGCACCGAACAUGACCAAUGAUUCGAUACUGCCGAGCAUAGCUAAUAAGAAAUUAAUACACGAGGAGCAUAUAAAAAGGCCCAUGAACGCGUUUAUGGUCUGGUCUAGACUGCAGAGAAGGAAAAUCGCGCAAGAUAAUCCUAAAAUGCAUAACUCGGAGAUAUCCAAAAGAUUAGGAGCGGAAUGGAAACUUCUGGCUGAAAAUGAUAAACGUCCUUUCAUCGACGAAGCGAAAAGGUUAAGAGCGUUACAUAUGAAAGAACACCCUGAUUAUAAAUACAGACCACGUAGAAAACCAAAGACACUUCGUAAAGACUGCGAUUACCCGUAUACCAUACCAUACCAGUCGGUACCCAUCGAUGCUCUAUCAGCAGCAGCUGGAAUAUCGCCGGCAGCCGCUCAAAUGGGACGUUACUAUUCACCUGCAGCCACAGUAGCCGCUUAUGGUUCCUUAGGAGCAGCCAGUAUGGCGGCUGCAGCCGCCGUUGCCGCCCAACAUAAUGCAAUCACAGCACAUGCCGCUCAGCAUAAUCAGGUGGCGAACAGCGUAGACGCGAUGAAAUACACGCUCGAAUCGACAGCCGAAAAAUACCGUUCUCCUUAUUUACCUCAAACCUCGUUCGCCCUAUCGAUGUACUCGGCUGACCAAAAAUACUUCGAGUCAGCCUCCAAAACGUACGGAUAUCUAGAUCCGGCCUUUACAAAAGCCUACUUCGAAUCAUCCAAAAUGUACGUAGACUCGAAUAAAAGCUACAUGUCGGAAAACAACUCGAAAUUCCCAUACCCUCCGCUCGACUUGGGUAAAAUGUAUAAUUCUUCGGAUGCGUCCAAGCAAUCGGUGCAUACGCCCAGAGUUACGGAAGCUGAACGAAAUCAAAGCGAACCUAAACCAUCUCCUUCGUCUUCUCUGUCAUCCAGUGGCCUGUCGCCAGGGGCUUGGCACUCGCCUACCGCAUCUGUACCGAGUCUUUUACCUUUGUCGCAAUAUGUAAAUCAUAAUUCUCAUUAUCAUCAAGGUUCCAGUAGUACGCCGAACGCUGCUGAAUUCAGAAGACCUCUGACAGUUAUAUUUUAAAUUAAGAUAUACUCGUACCUUCUACCUUCAUCAUCCUACUAGGUAAAGUAUCAUUAUUGCUCGAUAGCAUUGUCAUACAUACGAGAACUGUUUCACACUCAGUUAUAAUAUGCCAAAGUUGAAUUUAUCUAUUCGAAGUAUCGUGAAACAGUUCCGCGAUACGUUAUGUAAAGUGCAAUUAUUAGCUUGUAUUUUUUCUCAUUGUUUUUUUUUUUUUUUUUGUACAUAGGUAAAUUUUUUUCUGUUUUCGUUUUUUUUUUCAAGUGGAAAAUUUUUCGAGUUGAAUUUCGUAUAAAUGCAUUAUAUUGAUCUCAUUCGUUAAGGUACCUACAUAAUAAUGAUUUAUUGGGGAAAAAAAUUAAAGAAAAAAAAAUUGACGGCGAAUUUUUCAUACAUCUAUGUUUUGCUGUUUUAUGUUCGUAUAAUUUUCUUCUCGUAUCGUCAAAUUAUUUCAUGUACCUAAUUAUCCAUGUAUUUGCAAUUUUUAAUCAUUUUUAAUCGUUCAAACACACUGUUGACGUACGAUUUACAUUCUACGUACAUAGCUUGUAAUGUAAUUUUAGUGGCUGUAUUUUUGUGUUUUUUUUCUCUCUUUUCUUCCUUUCGUUCGAAUACGUCUGUUUUCUUUUUGUUUUGUUUUCGAAUUUGUGAAAAUUA